GAGCGCUUACCUUCGACAAAUCCCCUGAUAACAUAUGACACUGUCUGCUCCAUAUAGCCGUCUUUAUCUUGAUGACACCUGCAGUGUCGGAGAUAUAAGACUUGCUGGUGGUACUAAUGCAUGGCUGUGAUUAUGACUGGAACUUAACUGAUGCCGAUGUGGCUUGCUGGAAACUGGGAUUUGCAUGAGAGAGAUGAUUGUAGAAAGUGUUUUAUUAGUUUUGUAUACUAGUCUUAUAAUUAUAGCAAUCAUUGCUCAUUGCUGUGCUGACUUGGGGCAAGAAACUGGAGCGCGAACUGGAGGCAUUCUCCUAUAAAACUGUGUUGGAAAUAAGCCCGAUUGUCGUACUGAGUCUAAUGGUGUGGGUGUUCAUAUAGUAAUUACUGUGACCACCCGCCAGAAUUAUUUGGAGGUGAAUAAGAAACGGUUUUCAUAAUUAUUAUUAGACUAAUAAUAACUAUAUAUAUAUAGGCUAAAUAAUUAUGGUUAUAUAGAAGAGUGACAGGGUAUAUCUCAUGUUAAAUAACAAUUCCUUAGCACCGCUAUAUAUGCCUGUUUUGAAAUAAUGUUUUUGUGGUAUAGUUGUCUGGUCACCCUAACUUCCUAUUUCGUGGCAAGAAAAAACCCCUGAACAUGAACAAUGACAAGGACUGGAUUGCCAUUGUUUUGUGAGAGAUAUUUACAAGUGUGGUGAUACCCUGAAUUUGUAGCUAGAAUACAUUUGUUGCCCUUUUUCUGCUUUCAGCCAUGGUCGCCAAGGUGCUUCAUCUAACGCUGUUGCUUGGCGUUGUCGCAGUAACAAGCGUCAUAGGCCAAAGGAACAUUGCACUGUCAGGACCUGAAUUCAGACGAUUGAGGCUAGGUCAAAAUCCUGAGCUUCUCCAAUACGCUGCGAUGACUCUGGAAACAGUAACAAUAGUAAUUGAUGGCCCUGAAGUUCUUGCUGUUGUACAAGAGGAUGUCAAUGCCAAUUUCUGGUGCCUUCCUUGGCUGCAGAGGUUUCCUGGAGGAUCGAUCAGAUGGUUGUUCCAGAGGAGAGAUGUACUCACUGGAGCGCCAAAUGAUGUCCUUGCUCCCGUCUCACCUGAUGAUCGACACCAAAUAAUUGGUGGAGACUUUAAUGAAUGGCUCAAUAUAACAAAAACGCUUCUCAGUGUAGGCGCUGCAUCAACUUCCAAUGGCUUGUAUAUUUGUGAAGUUUGCCUUUUCCGUGGAACGCAAUUUGAAGAGUGUCACUUCGCUAACACCUCUCUGCAAUUUAUUGGAGGUCCUCCUAUUCUUGAUGUUGCUACUGACAACAAUCCUUUUAGUGUAACUGGUACGGGACUCACAGCUGAUAUCGAGUACAAGAUAGGAUCUGAUUUUUGCAUAGAACCAAACUUCCGAGGAACUGUUACUAUUCUCUGCCAAAUAGUCAAUGCUGAAUCAGACAAUGUCCUGAAUGUAUCGCGAGCCUUUCCUGUUCCAUUCCGUUCAUGGUCACUUAAUGAAGACUUACUCUACUCAAAAUUAAGUACCACUUUUCCAAACAUUGAGGAUAACAUAGACUUUUAUUUGAUGCCAGUGGAACGUAGGGUGUUGAUGCCACAAUAUUUUUGUCCAGAAACGAUACUUAGAACUCCGAGUGUGGGUCGUCUGCAAGGUGCAAUUCAAUUGGAAUUCGACCUGUAUAAUGCAGUACUGAUUCCUCCAUUUACCACACUUGAACUAGCAAGGAAGGCAGCUUACCGGGCGGUGGUUGGAGCUUGGACUUGUCGGGCAAACAACACAUUUGGAUCAGACAUGGCAACUUCAAACAUCAGAAUUUGUGCCGCUCCUGAUAUUCAGGUCUGCUCUCGCACUCAGUUUUCACGGAUUGGUGAUGUUGUCCCUGUUGGGUGUACUGUUUGCAUUCCGGAAGGUGAUAUUAUAAGGUUGGACUGCACCGCACAGAGCUCUACAAAAGUAUUUUACGAGUGGAAGAACAGUGCUGAUCUAGUCGUGUCUACCUCACCUUUGCUCAUUACUCGCACUAAUGACAACUACACGUGUACGGCUACAAACUUAGACCAUACCCCAACAAUCGCUGUCUCCAUGGUUGUCUAUAGGGAUAUUGUCACCUUCACUGCUCAAAUUGCAGAAGAUUUUUUGUCUGUGCUCCAGAUGGACAAUGGCUGCUCAAGGUUGAGCAACCAGGUAGGACUUGAGAAUAUAGCUAUCUGUGUAUUCGUUGGGGAGACGCUUGAGCUAAACUGCACUACUGAUGACAAUGCAAUGGUUCCGUUAGAAAUCACAGCUCCUGAUGGGAGUAUGGCCACUGGAUCACUGAUUGUGUCAAGUGUGGACAUGGGUGACGAAGGCACUUACAGCUGUCGACUGAGCAAUGACCCAGGUCCUUGUGGGCAAGCAACUGAGCAGAGAGAAGUGCGAGUAUUUGAUUUCGAAAGACCAAGCAUGCCAAGUUCAUUCAUAGAUCAAAGGAACAUUGCACUGUCAGGCCCUGAGAUUCAACUAUUGAGGCUAGGUCAAAAUCCUGCGCUUCUCAAAUUGGCUGCUUUGACUUUGGAGUCAGUAAUAAUUCUAAUUGAUGAUCCUGAAGUUCUUGCUGUUGUACAAGAGGAUGUCAAUGCCAAUUUCUGGUGCCUUCCUUGGCUGCAGAGGUUUCCUGGAGGAACGAUCAGAUGGUUGUUCCAGAGGAGAGAUGUAGACACUGGAGAACCUGUUCCAGGAAGUACUCUUUCAGAGAUAUCUGGAAAUGAUCCCUUGACGCGAAUUGGUGGAUACUUUAAUGAAUGGCUCAAUAUAACUGAAACGAUUCUCGUUCUAGGUGCUGCAUCAACUUCCAAUGGCUUGUACGUUUGUGAAGUUUGCCUUUUCCGUGGAACGCAAUUUGAAGAGUGCCACUUGGCUAAUACCUCCCUACAAGUUAUUGGAGGUCCUCCUUUUCUUGAUGUUGCUACUGACAACAAUCCAAGUAGUGUAACAAUGGGAGAGAUCACUGAAAUCGAGUACUUAAUAGGAUCUGAUUUUUGUAUUGCACCUGACUACCGAGGAACUGUUACUAUUCUCUGCGUCAUAAUCAAUGCUGGUCAACCUAAUCCUCUAAAUAUAUCACGAGCCUUUCCUGUUCCAUUCCGUUCAUGGUCGCUUAAUGGAGACUUGCUCUACUCAGAAAUAAGUACUGGUACUCCAAACAUCGUGGAUAGUACGGAGUUUUUUUCGGCGUCAGUGGAUCGUAUGGUAUUGAUGCCACAAUAUUUCUUUCCAGAAUCGGUUCUUGGAACUCCGACUGUUGGUCGUCUGCAAGGUGCAAUUCAAUUGAACUUUGCACUGUUUAAUGCAUCUUUUGCUCCUUUAUUUGGCUCUCUUGAGGCAUCAAGGGCGGCAGCUUACCGGGCUGUGGUCGGAGCUUGGACUUGUGGGGCAAACAAAACAUUUGGAUCAGACAUGGCAACUUCAAACGUCAGAAUUUGUUCUGCUCCAGAUGUUCAGGUCUGCCCUAGUGAGAACACUCAGUUCCCACAGAGCCGUGAUGUUGUCCCUGUUGGGUGUACUGUUUGCAUUCUUGAAGGUGAUAUCAUAAUGUUGAACUGCACCGGACAGAGUGUGUCAGAGGUAUUUUACGAGUGGAGGAAUGGUGUUGGUAUAGUUGUGUCCACCUCACCUCUGCUCACUACUGACAACAAAGACAACUACACUUGUACCGCUAUAGACUCUGGCCAUAUUCCAGCUAUCGCUGUCUCCAUGGUUGCCUAUAGGGAGGAUGUCACUUUCACUGCUCAAUAUAGAGAAGAGUUUUUCUUUGCAUCGCGGGUGGACAAUGGCUGCUCCAGGUUGACCAACCAGGUAGGACUUGAGAAUGUAACUCUCUGUGCCUUUGUUGGGGAGACAAUUGAGCUAAACUGCGCUACUGAUGACAAUGAAAUGGUUCCGUUAGAAAUCACAGCUCCUGAUGGUAGUAUGGCCAAUGGAUCACUGAUUGUGUCGAGUGUGGACAUGGGUGACGAAGGAACUUACAGCUGUCGACUGAGUAAGGACCCAGGUCCUUGUGGGCAAGCAACUGAGCAGAGAGAAGUGCGAGUGUUUGUGCCCAGGUGCCCAUUGGGGACCUAUAUAGCAGACUUAUCUACUGGAGAGAGUGCUUGUGUUCCUUGUCCUGGAAACAGCUUUAAUUCUGGAAAAAAUCUCAAUAUUAUCAUGAAGUGUACCUGUUUCCGUGGCUACUACAGAACAAAAUUAGAGGGACCCAACUUUGUGUGUUCAGCUCCUCCGGUUAACUGUAAGAGUUUGCAAGUAGUUGCUGAGAGAACUCAAGGUAACACAAUCACUGUGCGUUGGGAGAGGCCUGAGAUCACUGGGAGAGAUGACUUCUACUACAAUAUAUUCUACUCUGAGGACAACCAGACCUUCACUCAACACAACAGCAGGCCGUAUGUCAAACAAGAUGCCCUGGUGGACUAUUCAGUGUCUGGUCUGCGGCCACUCACCAUCUACACCAUCCGAGUGAUCACUGAGAAUGGAGUGAGUGAUCAGGAUGAGGGAAGACAGAACAGGAGCUGUGAGGUGGUAACCAUGACUGGGGAUACAAGGUCUAAUGCCCCAUCCCUGGUGAUUGGUUUCUGCACUAAUGUGGUUUGGACCACUCCCACAAGGUCGUAUGGGAGGAUUACUGGCUACGAUGUCAGAUUCGCUCCUCAAGGGUCUGGUUCGGAUCUGGUAGUGUCUAAAGGAAGAAGAGAACUUUUCCAUGCCGUUGAAGAUACCAGGCUAGUCAGCACUGACAACAUCAUGGUGCAGGUGAGAGCCAAAACGUCAGCUGCAGAGGGGAGGUGGAGUGAGCUGGUGCCACUGGGUUGCAGGAAUACUGAAGAUUCCACUGGCCCUUUGUAUGAGUGAAUCAUACAUAAAAUGUACAGUUUUGGCCUCAAUAUUGUAGUUUAUGCAAUUUAUUUAAAGAAAGAGGUUCUUUACAGGUUAAAAAACGACUGCUAUUAUAUACCGUAUAUAGAGGGUAAUUUUCGUGGAGCAAAAUAUCGUGGUUUUCGUGUUUGGAGGUCUAACCACGAAUAUUUUACCCACGAAUGAAGCGACCUUGCCUACCUUUACCUGCAGUGCAAGCAGCAACCACGAAAAUAUUAUCCACAAAAUGACUAAAUAUUGCUCAACCAUGAACUAGAAUAUUAUAUCUAGUGGGUUGUGUAAUAGACGAACAGUUUAGGCAGGGAGUGCAUGGGUCAGUUCCACUUUGUACAUGUUUUUGCUGCAUGUGUUUUUGUAUCAGUGACAUUGAACUUACUCAAUUGCAUCAAUUCACUUUUUGAUUGCCAAUAGCGUAUACACAUAAUUAUUUAUAGUCAUUAGGUG